AUGGUUACAACAAUACAGUCAAAUACGGGACAACGAGAUACUGUUGUACGAUCAGCGCCUGCUGCUAGUGACUUUUCACCAAUCAUACUCACGAGAACUGCGCAGGAUACUUCUGAACAGUCUGAGAUAGAAGAAUUGGUGACUAUUGUGAGCAAGACUGGAAACAACGCCGAGCCUCAGAGAUCUCUCAAAAGAGUUAUGAACAGUGCCUAUCCUGAUGCCCAGAAGAAGCAAAAGGUACAAAGCCUCUGCAAGGAGUUUGAUAAGCCCUCAACAAGUAGCGCCAAAGGAACUUUUGAAGCCGAGAAGAAGGUAACUGAAGUUAAUUUCAACUUAGAAUUUCUCAAACCUUUACGCUUCAAUUAG